AUGGCCAUUCACAAUUAUAUUAAACAAAAAUGCAAUGUGGAUGAUGCAUUUCAAACGGCUGAGGAUGAGAGAUAUAUUCCAUCGGUUGACUCCGAAUUUGGCUCAAGUUCAAACACUAACAAUGAAGAAAACAAUAUGGAAGAACAAAAUGAUACUUAUUGGAUGGGGCUUCGUGACAUGAUUGCUAAUGAAAUUGGUAUGGAUAUAGGUCAUUGCCAUCUUGAUGGAAAUGCUGAUGCUGUGGAGUUUUGUCCACACGAAUCAUUUCAAAAUGUUCUAGCAGCAUGUACUUAUACUUUACAAGAAGGAGAUCAACCUGGUAGAACUGGUAGUAUAUCCCUGUUUGAUGUUGAUGCUAAUUUGAGUCGCCUUAGUUUGAUACAUAGAGUACAAACAGCUGGUAUAUUUGAUAUAAAAUGGAGCCCCAUCGGUGGAAUUGUGGGGCCAUUACUGGCUCAAGCUGAUGCUGAUGGUUAUGUUAGAGUUCACAAACUUGAAUCUUGUUUGGAUGAAUCACAAGUUCCUGGGAAUAGUUUACUGGAGAUAAGCGACGAACAUGUCAGUUCCUCUAUGUGUUUGUGUAUAGACUGGAAUCCAUCAGCUACAUCCCUUGCUGUGGGGCUUUCAGAUGGAACAGUCUCGAUAAUUUCAUUCCUCGAGUCUCAGCUGAGCAUUUCCAGAGACUGGAAAGCGCAUGACUUUGAAGUUUGGGCUGCCUCUUAUGAUAUCCACCAACCACAGUUGGUGUAUACAGGUUCAGAUGACUGCAAAUUUAGUUGCUGGGAUUUGCGAGAUGAUCCCUCUAACAUAGCAUUCCAAAACAGAAAAGUUCACACAAUGGGAAUUUGCUGCAUUACUAAGAGCCCAAAUGACCCUUAUACCAUACUCACCGGUAGCUAUGAUGAACACCUAAGGGUAUGGGAUGUAAGAUCAACCGCAAAACCUUUGUCAAAGUUAAAGGCGACCAAGCUGAAGUGGUUGAAACCUAUAACAAACAUGGCUCCCUGGCAUAUGGAGCAGAUUGGCAAAGAGGUCGUCUAG